AUGGACGUCAACUACUUGCGCGAUGUGGGCCUGCUGGAGCAUGUGGAGGCCUGGGACCGUGUGUCCUCUGCACCGGUAGAUCCAGAGCUCUUGAAGUCCUUGGAAGCGCCGGAUGUGUGCGAAGCAGCACGCUCGCGUUGGACCCCAUGGGGGCUGGCUGAGCAGCUCAGGUUACUGCCUGUGGCAGCCCUGUUCCCCGACCUCUGCUCGGAGGUAGUGGAGAUCCUUCAACGGUGGCACCGGCGCUUCAGCCUGAAGACUUGGAGCCGAAUUGUGAAGGUGACAAAAGGCUCUGCGCACCAGGUGCCUUGUGUCUUGAAAGAGCUCAACGAGUCUGCACCGGUCAUAGCCAAAGUGCGGAAGUGGGUGGAUUCCCUGCCUAAUGAUGCUCCGAAGGCCUGCAUUGUGGACUUAGGCGCUGGUUUUGGAUUCCUGUCCAUGUUUCUGGCCGAGCUGUUACCGCCGGAGCGGGUUGCCAAGUUCUUUCUCCUGGACAUGACAUAUCCAAACCUUGGGGUGGGAAACUCCAGCGGCUCAACAUCAAUCGAGCACCUUCAUGGUUGGAAAAUCCCAAUGUACACACUAAAGGUGGAUCUAAAAAAGAAGACCACCCUCAACCAGCUUGCUGCUCGCGUCUUCCGCGCGCCAGUCUCAGAGGAGGAUCCACGGCGUGCUCCUGUCUAUGCAUGUGGCAUUCACCUUUGCAACACGCUGGGGAUUCGGGCAGCGCAGCUCUUCAAUGAAAACGUUGACGUUCGAGGAUUUGCUUUUGUGCCGUGCUGCUUUCCGACUUCAAGGCAUCUGACGCAGGAUGUCAUCUACCAGUUGGGUGAGCACAAGUUUGCAGCCAAAGAUUUUCUGGAUGCUAAGAAGAUGCCGUCUAACAACGACCGUUUCUCCCGCUGGGCAGAGCACAUCCUGGAGGGGAUUGACCCAGGAUCCAUGGGGAGCAAAGGUAUCGAGCGCCACAGGCUGGUCAGGCCACGAAAAGGCAUGUUCGCGCAGGACAUCUACAUCUUCGCUGAGCGGCCGCUCGAGGCGCCCGAGGAGGCGCAACCAAAGGUGCACGCGGCUGUGGACUCCACUGUGGACCCGAACCAGCGUGGCAGCGCUGUAGUCAUUUGGGCCAAAUACGGGCACACUGACUGGAAGGAGAAUUUCGAUCACCUGGCAAGAUUCCCUGUGCAAGCCUCGGCGGUUGCUGCCUUCGGGGUCAUUUGCGCCGUCCUCCUCCUUCAGGUUGGACCAUUCAAGCAUGAUGCACUGCUGGUGGCAGGGGACGUCUCUCAUGCCAGCUCCUCUGCCCUGGGGUGUUGUUUGUCCUGUGGCGAGGGUUUUCAAGAGCUUGUGUGUCUGCCCAAGGAUCUUGAAGUCCUCAAGAGGACCCUGGAGCUCUUGCUGCAACGAUUUGCCCAUGUCUUCUUCGUGCUGGUCGCUGAGUGCCACAUGCGCGGCCUAUGGCCUUUGCUCUGCACUGGGCAAGCUUUGAGGCCGGGCAACCACGAUGUGUACGUUGGCACGAUGCCUAGCAGCAGCAAGGACUGUAUCGAGUGCUCGCUGGAGAAACAAGACAGGUUGCUUGAGGAGUGCACUCGGAUGGGAGUUUGGACGCGCCCAGUCCGCUUUGCCUCUGAGAACCUGAUCAUUGUGCCCCUCUUGUCAUGGUAUCACGAGGAGUUCGACUCGGAGCCGGAUGUCCCAGUCUGGUCUGCGGCAUCAGCGCGAAGACAGAGCCGAAUAGCGCUCUUGGGGGACGAGAUCGAGUGCAGCUGGCCUGAGUGGCUGGGAUCCGAUGCAGCAGCCCGGAACCUGAAAUUGGCUGAGUUCUUCGAUGCAGCCAACGACACGCAGGCGACGGAGAAGGCAUAUCCGAAGACCUCCUCGAAUGUGGAGCUGGUCAGCUUUGAGGAGGCAUGUGCAUCGCGGAAGCUUGGCGAGCAGGUGGUUUCCAUGUCUCACUUCCUGCCGCGGCUGGAGCUCCUGCCGGAGAAGCGCUUCCUCUACUUCCCACAGCUGGCCAAAGCAUCCGGCUCUCGUUUCCUCGCAGAUCGCCUAGCACGCCUCCGGCCGACGAUCCAUCUAUUUGGCCACACACACUUCGCCUGGGACCAGACGUUGGAGGGCGUGCGCUUUCUCCAAGCAGCCCUGGGCUCUCCGUCAGAGCGCCAAAUGAGGAAGCGGGUUCUGCACUUGCAGGGUGGGGUCCCGACGCUUCUCUGGCGAGGGACCUCUACGCCGCUUCCGGCGCCCCGAGCUGCUCUGUGGUCCGACUACUACGCCCGCAACCCUCGGGCGCCGCUGAGCCCUGUGCCGGGCCCAUGGCUGCGCUUUGGGCGGCGCCGUCGGAAGCACCGACGACCCCGACAGGCAGGAGAUGGUAACAUGGCCAGUGCAGGAAGUGCCACAGUCUGUCUCGUGUGGGACUUGAGCGAGGACCCAAAAGAGCAGCUGGAGCUUCUAAGCUCGGAUGAGCGAAGUCGAGCUGAGAGUUUCAGCUCCGAGGCUGCGCGCAGGCGCUUUGUUUGGAUGCGAGCUUCCUUGCGUUGCAUGUUAGCUGAGCACUUGGGACUUGAUGCCUCGGGGAUCAAGUUUGAGUAUGGCACGCAUGGAAAGCCAUCACUGGCAACACCUUUGUCUGCGCAACGUUGCAGUUUCAGCGUCUCCCAUUCUGGGGAGGUGGGUGCGCUGCUGGUGUUCAUGCCGGAAGAGAUGAAUCCAGGAGCUGCGGCCCCUCCUGUUGGAAUCGAUCUUGAGCUACACCGGCCAAGGCCAUUCCACAGACUGGCGAAACGAUUCUUCGCAUCGUCGGAAGUGGCGGCUUUGGAUGAGGUGUCCUCAGAUCCGGAUGAAGUGUUGCAGCGGUUCUUCCAGAUGUGGACCAAGAAGGAAGCAUGGCUGAAGACCCUCGGCACUGGCCUUGCAGGCGGCCUUCAGAACUUGGACUGCUCCACUGCGGGCGAUGUGCAAGCUAUGGUGCAGGUCUCAGAGGGCAUUGCCAAGCCCACGAAGUACACCGUGUGGGCAUCUCACCCGCUGGCCGAGCAAGACCGGUUGGUUGGCCGCACAUGCUUCGGGUCUGCAGGUCUUCGCGUGCAAAAUGAUGCAAAGUACACCUGGAAUACGUUGAUGGCGGCCCCAAACAUGCAGAUCCCGGCCUCCAUUGCUCCCAAGUUGGAUGGCAUUGGCAUUGGCAUUGUGCGUGUGGAUGACAUGGAGGUAUUGGAGUCCGUCAAAGACAUCAAUGGUAACGUCGUGGCUGCGGUCUCCAGCAAGGAGCUGGGCGUGAACUUUCUGACGUAUGGAUCAAGCAUAAUUGGGGCCGAGUACAUACAGGCUGACUACAAGGACCAGGCUGCCUUCACUGGCUUUGCGGUUCAAGAGAGCAUAAUCUUCGUGAACAGGUCGAUUAGGCGUGCCUUGCAGCUGGGUUUGGGUGCUGGAGUCGUGGCCAACUUCUUGCGAGCUCAAAAGGUCCAGGUUGAUGUGGUGGAGAUUUCUGAUGCCGUCCUCUACCUGGCAGAAAAACACUUCGGCUUCAACUCGUGCUGCAAAGCUGUUGCUGGCGUUUGUGAUCCUGCGACUGGUGCUGCAGCAGAGUGCCGAGCAGGCCAUGGGACCUCUGAGCAUAGCGACGCGCGGAGCUUCUUGUUCAGGGAGGCAACCACCAGAUAUGACACAGUGAUCAGUGAUGUGUUCAAUGGCUCCAACCCGGGGCAAAUGCACUCCAAGGAAGUCUUCGCUCGACUCAAGGAACACUGGCUGCAGUUCUCUGGAAUUCUGGUGGUGAACUUUGUCGGUUUUCACAGUGGUGCAGCCAGCCGGGUGAGCCACAACCUGGCGGCCACGUUGCGCACAGUGUUCUCGGCCGUGCGCUGCUUCCGUGACCAGAGUUUGGAUGAUGAGCCUGAGAAAGCCGCAAAUCUUGUGUGUUUCGCCUCAGAUGCACCAUUUCGCUUUGACGUGCCGCAGACGGGCGACUUCAAGGACCCAAUGCCGUUGUCGAGUUUCUGGGUGAUGAAGCAAUUUCAAGCCUGGGAGGUCUUGAAACCUUCCAGUGGGAUGGCAAGUGGCAUUCUGGAGGAUGCCCACAAUGAGCUCGUCGAUGUGGGUACGCAGAAGCAAGUUGAACAGCAGCUCCGAGCUUACGCGCAGACCCUCAUUCCAGGGCACGUCUGGCAAUUCCUUGGCAUCCAAACAUGA